ACUGUCCUGCAAUCUUCCUAAGACACACAUACAGAGCUCAAGCAUUCUUGGUUCUGCUCACGUCUCUGCACUUCGAGUGAUUAAUUGGAUCAGAAUGAAAAUUGUCAUCCUAUUCGGACUUCUUGCCACUGCGUUCAGCCAACAGAUGUUACAUAAGGGCUUUUCCAACGAUGAUGAAAGAGAGAAUUUCAAAAUAUUCGACCAUGACCUCGAUGGCAUUAUCCAUCUGAGUGAACUGUUCACUGUGUUCAGGACAAUGGAUACAAACGAUGAUGGAGUGGUCAGCCUUCAGGAGUUCACUAAUGUAAAUCCUGAAGAUCUUCCUCCUCUUCAAGUUCAAAUUUUAUUUAGCUUUAUGGACAAUAUGGACUCCGCACUCGAUGAUGUGGUCGAUUCAUCGUUCAUAUGCGCAUAUUUCAGCCUCUUGGAUGUGGACAACGACAGGAAAGCAACUCUAGGAGAAUAUAGAAACGUCUCCCAGCAGGUGCACACCUACUUUAAGAAAGAAUUGAAGGACAUCGCGGGAUGUUGACAAUCUGUUGCAAUGAUAUGCACAGAAAACUCUAAAUAAAUGCAAAUUUGUCGACAAU